CAGGAGGAUAAAUACCUAGCAAUUCCCUCCUCUAGUCUACAGAGUUGUGUUUGGAUCCUUAGGAAGACCAUGAAAUACAUCCUGGUUGUAGCCUUUCUGGGAGUGGCUGUUGCCUUCCCCAUCGAUGAUGCUGAUGAUGACAAGAUUGUGGGAGGCUACACCUGUUCAAAGAACUCUUUGCCCUACCAGGCAUCCCUGAACAUCGGGUACCAUUUCUGCGGAGGCGCCCUCAUUAACAGCAGAUGGGUUGUCUCAGCUGCUCACUGCUACAAAUCCUCUAUCCAGGUGAGGCUUGGAGAACACAACAUUGCAGUCAAAGAAGGAACUGAGCAGUUCAUUGCGUCAGCCAAAGUCAUCCGUCACCCCAGCUACAGCUCCCAGACGCUGAACAAUGACAUCAUGCUCAUCAAGCUGUCCAGUGCAGCAACCCUCAACUCCUACGUCAAGACAAUUGCCCUUCCGACCAGCUGUGUGGCCACUGGCACCCAGUGCCUGAUCUCUGGCUGGGGCAACACCCUCAGCAGUGGCACUAACUACCCUGACCUCCUGCAGUGCCUGAAAGCUCCUGUCCUGUCCUCCAGCCAGUGCAGCAGCGCCUAUCCAGGACAAAUCACUAGCAACAUGAUCUGUAUCGGAUACCUGGAGGGGGGCAAAGAUUCCUGCCAGGGGGAUUCCGGUGGCCCAGUAGUCUGCAAUGGGAGCCUCCAGGGGAUUGUCUCCUGGGGAAUUGGUUGUGCACAGAGAGGCUACCCUGGGGUCUACACUAAAGUGUGCAACUAUGUCUCCUGGAUCCAAAAUACCAUCGCUGCUAACUGAGAUGCUCUCAUGCCAUGUGACCAGUACUAUCUUCCACUAUCUUUCCUCAGCCAUAUAUUAGACUUUCCAACUCUACAGAAUAAAUAGAGUUUGAUGCAA